UCACUCCUCUAUUUCCUCUGUAUGCAUUUGGCUUGUCCACCGGCGAUGUUGUUCUCGACGGAGGAAAUGCCGGAGUUAAUAGGAGUUAACAGAGGGCCUGAGAAUCAAUGUGGUAUAACAUCGUUCCCUUUUUCCUUUCAGAUUCUCGCAAUCAACUCUGAACUAUCACUUCUUUCUUAUACACUUCUCUGUCUUUUAAACCCUGUCUCAAUAUGUCGGUCUUAAAAAACCAGCUUAUACUUAUCACGGGAUCAUCCGGCUACAUGGUCACCCAUGCGGUGGCAUCCUUUCUCAGCGUGUUGACGGUGUGGCCCACACUGCGACCCCUUACCAACUCGACGGACAACAAGCGAGACCUGCUGAAGCCUGCUGUCAACGGGACUUUGAACAUCCUCGAUUUCGUCUCCAAACACGUCCCUCAAGUCAAGCGAAUCAUCUUCACCUCAUCUUUCGUUGCUAUGAUCGAUAUCGCCAAAGGUAGAUGGCCCGGCCACGUAUACUCGGAGGAAGAUUGGAACCCGGCAACAUACGAGGUCGUUGCCGCCAAAGAUGCCCCUGGGGCGUUGGUAUAUGCCACUGCAAAGACGAUUAUGCCUCCAAUGAAAUACGGUCCCAACAUCAACGUGACUGCCAGUCUGGCCAGUUUGAACUCCUCUUCGGCAGAUAUCUAUCGGUUGAUGUCUCCUGACGUUAAACCCAGCGACCCAGCCCCGGAAAACCACUUCUUCUCGGUUGUGGAUGUUCGCGAUGUCGCUGAAGCGCAUCUCCGUGCUUACGAUCAAUUUGUCGAUGCUCUACGGGAGAACCUGCCAGAGGUGCGGGACCGCGUGUCUAUCAGACGCCCUGGAACCGGAGCCGUCUCCUCUGAUGUUCAUACAGUCGACACAUCCAAGUCGCAGCGGGUGUUGGGUCUCAAGUAUCGUGAACUUGAGGAAACCAUUGUGGACGCGGCCAAGUCUCUUCUGGAACUGGAGGAGUCUACUUAAUCAUUUAUAUGGAAUGCAUUUCUCCAAUGGCAUUCCUAUUCUUGAUUCCGGUUCAGAUCAGAUGGAUAAUCUCUCCGAAGUCAGCGUACACGUCGACAAGGAACGUCGUCCUGUGUAAUUCAUUUUAGUAAUCUGUUCUGUUA